AUGGCAGAUAUCAACGGAACACUGACCGUGGUGCCACCUCCACCUGGCUAUGUCGUCAACUUCCAGAACCCUCAACGUCAACUCGAGACCCAGGUAUACACGGUCGUCGUAGUGGAGAACUUGUUGGCGCUAGCUUUCUUACUACAGCGUCUGUACACCAGAAUUCGUCUGAUGAAACUUUUCCAAAUGGAAGACAUAGCUGUGCUGGCCGCAUGGAUUUUCUCCAUUGGCACGCAAGUAAUCCUAAUACACGGGUGGGUGCGGGGAGUAAUGGGUGUACACGCAUGGGAGAUUUCCAUUGACGAUUACGGUCUCUACUCUCGACUUAUUCUCGCCGCUCCACUCGUCUAUGCUCUCUGCACAGCUUGCGCAAAAGCUUCGCUGUGUCUGUUCUACGCUCGCCUCAGUCCCAGCGUCUUCUUUCAAAUUGCAGUCAAAACCACAUUGGUCCUUAUCAUGGGCGCUUAUACUGGAAUCUUCUUCAGUCUCCUGUUCGCCUGCCGGCCAGUUGCUGCAAGCUGGGACCCUCUUCUUGCGCCUAUUGCCCAGUGUGUCAACCGAGGCGCGAUUUACAUCACAACUGCUGUCGUUGGGAUUGCGACAGAUGUAAUACUUCUGGGACUGCCUACACCAAUGAUCUGGAAGCUACAGAUGCCACUUAAGCAGAAGAUUGGACUUACAGGCAUGUUUACCAUUGGUUCCAUCACUAUCGUCACGUCCAUUAUCCGCUUGAUCGUUCUCCUACCCGCCCUGACAUCUAUGGAUCAAACCUGGGUCAUUGGUGAGGGAACAUUGUGGAUCUUGGUCGAAUCCAACCUCCUGGUGAUCUGCUGUUGUCUGCCAACACUCCGUCGCUUCUUCAGGCACGUCGCCCCACAUUUCAUUGGGGAAUAUACCGAGAACCCAUCCGGCAAAGGGAGUGACGGACCCAAGCUUCGCACAUGGGGUAGUGCGACCACCAGGCCAAAACGAGAGUUCGACACUCUCAUGAACACAGUCAACGACUCCGAGGAUGCAGGAGACAUACCACUGAAGCUUCGAGGGGACAGCAAGAAACUUGGUCAACGCGAGACCAGGGUCGAAAUCGGAGCCGUGAAUGGCGAUGAUGACAGCGAGGAGGCAAUCCUGUUUGAGAGAACAGUGCAGGUUGCGUACGAGAAUGCGCCAUCCACCCGCAGCCAGCGGUCAAAGUAG